GUGUCAGAAUGAAUCCCUGAAUCCUGAUCCAUGUAGAUGGUGUCCAGGAGGCAGAGGAGAUGCUGCAUGUUGUCUGGCCGAGUGGUGGGAACAUGUUUACUCGCAUCGGUCAGCGAGCAGAUUGCAGUGUGCCAUGUAAAGUGUCCUUGGAGGGACUGGAAAGCCUGUGCCGCCACCACAGGCUCCACUGUAAACAGCUGAAUGUGAACAGAAACAACUUGAAUGAAUAUGAGGUGGAGUUCCUCUGUGACUACAAGAAGACUAAGGAGGAAGAGUUUUAUCUGGUCAAAUGGAGGGGCUACCCAGAGUCGGACAACACCUGGGAACCCAAGAAGAACCUGAAAUGCACCAAACUGAUGAAAGAGUUCCACUUGGAUCUGGAUCGGGAGCUGAGGCGCCACAAGAGACGCUGCAUCCCUAAAAAGCUGGAUAAGGAAGUUUCAUCGGUCCUUGUCCAGAAAGCCAAACACCGCCAGAGUCUCCAGCGCUGGGAGGCCCACCUGAAUAACACCCGUAACCACCCAGGUCGUAUUUUUGUCCUCAAUGAAGUGGACCUUGAGGGCCCACCCAAGGACUUCACCUACAUCAAUAACUACAAAGUCGGCCAGGGCAUUGUGUUGAACGAGAUGGCCGUGGGCUGUGAAUGUAAAAACUGUUUAGAUGAGCCAAUAAACGGCUGCUGCCCUGGAGCCUCCCUGCACCGCAUGGCCUACAACGACCGGGGGCAAGUCCGAGUCCGAGCGGGCCAGCCCAUCUACGAGUGUAACUCGCGCUGCACCUGCGGCCCUGACUGCCCCAACAGAGUGGUGCAGAAGGGCAUCCAGUUUGACCUUUGCAUCUUUAAGACAGAUAACGGCCGGGGGUGGGGCGUGCGCACGCUGCAGCAUAUCAAGAGGAACACCUUUGUCAUGGAGUAUGUGGGAGAGAUCAUUACGACAGAUGAAGCAGAGAAGAGGGGUCAUGUGUACGACCGCCAAGGCUCUACAUACUUGUUUGACCUCGACUAUGUGGAAGACGUGUACACAGUGGAUGCUGCUCAUCAAGGCAACAUCUCCCAUUUCGUCAACCACAGUUGCAACCCCAAUCUGCAAGUAUACAACGUGUUCAUAGACAACCUUGAUGAGAGGCUCCCAAGAAUAGCUUUAUUUUCAACACGGGCUAUUCGGGCAGGAGAGGAGCUCACCUUUGACUACAAGAUGCAAAUUGACCCAGUUGACACAGAAAGCACCAGAAUGGACUCCAGUUUCAGUUUAGCAGGACUGCCCAGUUCUCCAAAGAAGAGGAUUCGGGUUGAAUGCCGGUGUGGAUCGGACUCAUGUCGAAAAUACCUGUUCUGACAUGAAUCACAAUGCCGUUAUCCUUCUAAAGAUGUGGAAAAUUGUACAGAUGUUUAUGAAAGGUGCAGAAAACCCACCUUAAACUGUUGGAUACUUGUGAACAUGACCAGCUCUUUUCCAAGGUUGAAAACCAUAGUCAAGAGACUCAAAUCUGACCUCCUCAAAACUUGGAGCUGCCUGGUUUCCCUUGAAGACUUGAGUUUGAUGAGCGAUUACUUUCAGAGAAUUUCAUCUGAUGGUAGCACUCACAGAGGCAGAGCAUUUGCUUCCGUCCCCUAAAAUUCACUCUGGGUGUUUUGACUUUGUUCUGAAAGUUGCUGUCCCAUCCACUGUCGGCAGUGUUAGAAAUUUGUAGAUGAUCAUCUGGUUUUAGCUCUUGUUUGUUGCUUUGACAGUCUUGUUCUCCAAUCUGAACUGAAUUGUCAAAUAAAAUGUGAAUUGAAUGGGCUUUCCCUGUUGUUCAGCUCUUUUAAAUUGUGACUUGUAGUUUUAUCAGCAAUUUUAUAGCUUGUUAUAUAUUUUUAUAUUUUUUUAAUCCUGUGAGGUUGUUGUCAUGUAAAAUGGAUUCAGCAGCGCGUUAGAAACGUGAGACGAAUUUGGACUGCACCUGUUUUUGUUUUUUUGUUUUUUUUUUUAUGACUAGAUAAUGCAGUGUGUCAUAAGCAGAAAAAAUCAAGUCAUGUCCUUUACAAUGAAAUGAAAUUCAGCCUCAAACUGGUGAAAACAAAUGAAACAUGACUUAGUGAACACUGCUGUGUGUGCUUUGUUAGAUCUAUAAAGGCCAUGGGAGGCUGGUUGUAAACCCUGUAGAGGUGAUGGUUGGACGACGUGUGUACUCAACAUUGUUGAAAUUAUGCAGCAGACGUCACUGAGAAAACCAGCUGUCAACAGACGUUUUCUGAAUCAACCAAAUUUGCAUUUUGGAUGUUAUUGUUCAUGUCUUUUGUCCUCAAGUUGCUUGUUCACAUAGACCUUGUGGUCAUUAAUGUGGAGUUUACUGUCCAUUAAUGGUGUUUCCUGCAGAUUGUGCCUCAGCAGAUACUAUGGAAAUUAAUUUUACAGACAUGUCCCACAUCUGAGUAUUUCCCCUCCUACCACCUAUUUUGUGUCGCUGUGAAGUUCUGCACUGCUUAGUGAUGAUACGCAAAAUUUACAUUAUUUGAAUUUUCUUUGUCAUUUCCUUGUCACUGUCCUUGUACGUUAUCUAUUUGGGGGCGAAAUAGUUGUCUAUUUUACAAUGUCAUUGAUAUUUAAACAUUUUGGUCAUUCAUUAAUGCUUGUUUUUUAUCAUUGGCUUUCUUAUAGGAGGAGAACAAAACAGUGUAAAUAAAUGGCUAAAAAUAUAACAUUCUUGAAAGCUUUGUUUUUUUUUUU